CACCUGGCCCAGGAGCCGGUUUUCCUGCCAAGGAACCUGAGGCGGAUCCGUAAGUGUCAGCGUGGUCGGGAGCAGCAGGAGAAGGAAGGGAAGGAGGGAAACAGUAAGAAGUCCAUGGAGAAUGUGGAGAGCUUGGACAAGCUGGAGUGUAAAUUCAAACUGAACUCCUAUAAGAUGGUGUACGUGAUCAAAUCGGAGGAUUACAUGUACAGGAGGACCGCUCUGCUGCGUGCUCAGCAGUCCCAUGAAAGAGUGAGCAAGCGGCUGCACCAGCGGUUCCAAGCCUGGGUGGACAGAUGGACCAAGGAGCAUGUGACCCAGAAAUGGCAGCUGAGACAAACAAGAAGGGUUGGAGGGUUUGGUGCCCUGUACCACUACCUGUGAUACAGAGACUCUGCACUUUGUGAGCAUUAACAAGUACCGUGUCAAAUACGGCACGAUAUUCAAGACACCGUAAAGUCCCUGAGUGAGGGAAGAUCACGUAGUGUGUGUAUGUGUGUGUGUAUCAAGGAAACGAGGAAGAUGCCUUUCUCCCUUCACUGUGUAUCUCCGUAACAUGGCCAGUUCACUAGUGCGAAGCUGGUACAGUCUGUCACCAGCAGGAUUCGGUUUAGGAAAACGAAUCUCUACAAACCUAAGCUGGAACUGUUGCCAACAGGCCUUUGACUUCAGCGUGCACUGUGGAGGGAAGGACCCUUUUCAGAACUGAGUGAUCCUAGAGAAAUGCAGCUAGCUCGUACGCACCAGCAGAUCUGAGACUAACUCCUCAAUGGCCUGAGCUUCAAGGGAAGAGAACUGGAUGUUGCAUACAUCCUGACCGGAGUGGUGCAUUUAAAGUUACAUGCUCAGAUAUGUCGUGAAACCCAGAGGUGCCUAUCACAACUGGAUUCUCCUCUGUUAGGCUGCUGCAGGUUUGCCAGGAUCUCACCCGGGGUCACCCAUCUGUGCAGUCCAGCUGUUGAAAACACCAUCUCCUGGAUCGGACCCUCGACUCCUCCCUCCUUCACCCUGCUGGACUCCUGAUUCAGCCAGUUCAGAUUGAUCUGUCCUUUCUAGUGCCAGUGGGAUUGUUUUGUACCUGCUUCUUUACUAGUCUUUCCUAGUGCCAUGCACCAGCUUUUCACACACAUACGCACACACAGCAGAAACAACACAAUUUUAACAUGUUCCCCUUCCUUUUUGUAAAUAAAUGUACAUAUUGUCAAUUUUUUUGUUGUUUUUUAUUAAAGAAAGUUUGCUUGA